CCAAAACUGCUGCGACGAAAGUACCUCACAGACGUACUGGUUUCUCAUCCUCCUACUCCUUCCUACCUUUCUGGCCGUUUUUUUUUUUUUUUUUUCUGGUUUUUGCCGAGUCUUCAAGGUUUUCCACUUAACACCCAUCGCCGAAAGAAUACUAGUACUAUAUUUUCCACCAUCAAAAUUAAAGCCACUACCAGGGAGGUUUUUAUUUUCGGAUGAAAGAAUCUUGCCGGAGUAGAGUUCUCCAGGAUGUCAAAUAUACCAACAUCACUCUCUGAAAUCUGCCUCACUCUCUCCCGUCUCACCAUGUCCGUCGCCGACCCAUGGCCUUUUUCUUGAACCCCGUCGACGGCUAGAGAAACACUUCUCCUUCAGAAAAACAAAACAGAACAGACAAAACACCCAUUUCAUUAUAUUCACCGUCACCCAGAGCGUACUGUGUAAGUACGUACGAUGAGAAAGUUCAGAGGAUUCAAGCUCGGGAAACGCCUGGUCCAGGCCUCUAAAUGGAUCGUUCACAAAUCCCGGAUCCGACCUAAAUACCACCGUCUGAAUCCGCCUCCUCCCCCAGCAACGUCGAAUAAACCCAAACUGAAGCACAUCUCCAAACUUAUCACCUGGGGCCGGCGGUUAACUUGCGGGGCGAGGACUCUGUGUUGUAGCAGACCCGGUUCGAGUUAUAUACCCGUAGGGCUUGACCCGGUCCAAGAGAAGGAGGUGACGGUGCCGAAGGGGCACCUGGCGGUCUACGUUGGCCAGGAAGACGGCGACUUUCGCAGGGUUUUAGUUCCUGUGAUUUACUUCAACCAUCCUCUGUUUGGUGAGCUUCUGAGGGAGGCCGAGGAGGAGUACGGAUUUCAGCACGAGGGUGGGAUUACGAUCCCGUGCCGGAUGGCGGAGUUCGAGAGGGUCCAGACUCGUAUAGCCGCCGGCUGCGGUGGUGCCCGGCGGCUAACCUGGAAGCGCCACCAUUGAAAGAGAGAUAGCGAGAUAGAUUGUGCGGUGGUUGAACUGAGUUAUGAUGACGACGAUAAAAGAUUCCAAAUUGAUUGUGAAGAUGAUGUUUUUGAAUUUUGUUUGUUACGGUACUAGUGCUUCGCUUCUUUCGAUCUUUAGACUUUGUUUUUUUUUAUUCGAAAGAACGAUCUUUAGACUUUCUUUGUUUUGCUUUUCCUUUGUUUUCUUUUUAAUCUUUUUCAUACGUGGUGUGAUGAACUAUAUAUAUAUUUUUUUUUUUAUAACUGAGUGACGGACUGAAUUUUAGAUGUAAGUAAAUACAUGAUUUUUUCCCUA